AUCUCAGUCACGCCUCCUUCCACGAUCUGAUCCGCGCGGUGCGCGUGUUUCCCGGCCAUGGAUGAGCGGGCGCUGGCGGUGAAACGCUGUGUGUCGGACAUCGAAGUCGCGGACUUCGUAGCGCUGGACUUGGAGUUUUCAGGACUCUUCCUUGAUGCAGCGAAGAGCGGAAAAGUCUUGAGCUAUGAGGACUACUUCGCCAAGUGCGCGGAGAGUGUUCCGAAGUUUCUGGCACUGCAGCUGGGCAUUUGCUGCGCCCAGCAGAGGAAAGAGAACAAUGGCGGUGAGACGGAUCGCAGCGGCUGGGAUCUGCGGACGCACCAAUUGGACUUGUGGCCUUCAGAGCACCGGGUCUUCUCCGUCGACCUGCAGUCCUUGCGCUUCCUGCGCUCGCACGGCUUCGAUUUCAACGCUUUUCUGGAAAAGGCGCAUCCCUACCAAAGGCUCCAGAAGAGCGCGACGAGCGCCACCCCGAAGCCGCUGGGUGCGGGGCAGGUGAUGGCGGCACUGCGCACGGCACAGGUGCCGCUGGUGGUGCACAACGGGCUGUUGGACCUGCUGCACUUGUACGACAAGUUUCUGGGUGACCUCCCGGAGGACUUCGAAGACUUUGGGAAGGCUUGGUUGGAACACUUCCCUUUGACCUUCGACACGCGCUUCGUGGCCCAAGAAGGGCGCUUGCAGGUUUUUAAACAUCCAGGUGGUCUCAGUCUGCAGACUCUCUUCACCCACCUCCGGGCCUCGAGCUCCCUGCAGCUCCGGAGCCCCGAGCCGACCUCACAGGGUGCGUCGCACUCCGCCGGCUACGACGCCUAUGUGACGGCGGCGGUGUUCCUCAUGGAGAUGGAUGCUUGGCUGCGCUUCGACCGGAAGAAGUCCGAAGCGCCGGCCGAAGCGCCGGCCGAAGCGGCGGCCGAAGCGCCGGCCGAAGCGCCCAGCCAAGCGACGACACUGGAGACGGAGACGGUGGAGAUGGCGGUGCAGCCGACACCGGGAGAGGAGGACGAGGGCUGGCAGCCUGCGCGGAAGCGUGCGCGGAAGGCCCGAGCGCCUGCGCUGAGCGAUCCCAGCCUCUUGGAGAAUCACAAGAUCUGCCGGCGCUUCCACAACAAGAUUGCCCUGGUGAACACCUCCCCGGGCUUCUUCGUCAUGGGCCCGCCCAAGGGAUGAAACCCGCCGUCCAACGGGCGGGGUCCGCGUUUUGGAGGCCAA